UACGUCACCUUAUGUUCCUCCUUCUUCUUGAAGUAUGAGUUCACCCCAGCCAUUUCCAUCUUCCUAAUUUUGACCUUCUGCAUUUCUCUGCUUAACACCAUACCUAUCUAACACCUCCUCAUUAUCUCUCUUUCCUUCACCUACAUGGCUACUGAAGUCUGCUCCAAUCAACACUCUCUACCACUUUAUCAAACUAACUGCAGAAUUCCUCUUUCUCUUCUAACUGACAUCCAACCUUCAACCUGGUCUCCUGCACACAUAGUAAAUCUACCUUCCUUCUCUCCAUUCAUAUCAGCCAGCUCUCUCCCUUUGCCAGUCAUAGUACCUCCACGCUCCUGCCUGUCCUUCUCUUUGACUCCUAACACGCUUCUCCCCUUUCCUCUUCCUUUGUCUUCGAAUAGUAGCACAGUUUCCAUCGGCUCUCUGUUGGCCAAUAGCACAGGAGGCAGUAAUUGUUAACCCAGGUACCGACUGAUCCGAUAUGGAAAUACACCAGAUGCCAUUCCUGUAACAGCCCUCUCUGUUUAUCUGGGCUUCGGAGUACACUCCCAACUCCACCCCCCAUACACUAUCAUUCAAAAAUUUGGACACCUUUUGACUUAAUGUUUGUCUGUUUUUUACUACUUUCUACAUUGUACAUACAAACUGAAGACAUGAAAUAUAUGAAGCAAUAUAUAUGGAAUUAUAUAUCAAAGAGAUAGCUGAUGUAUAACGCUAAAUGUUUUAUAUUUUAGAUUCCACCCUUUGCUUUGUUGACAACGCUGCAAACCUUUGGCCUUCUCUCAGUGAGCUUCAUGAUGUAGUCAUCUGAAAUGGUUUCACCUCACAGGUGUGCCUUGUCAGGGUUCAUUUGUGGAAUUUCUUUCUGUCUUUAUGGGGUUGGGACCACAAGUUGUGUUGUCCAGAAGUCAGGUUGGUGCACAGCUGACAGCCCUAUUUGACUACUGUUAAAAUUCAUAUUAUGGCAACAACCAAUCAGUUAAGUAAAGAGAAACUACAGUCCAUCAUUACUUUAAAAACUGAAGGUCAGUCAAUCUGGAAAAAUGCUAAAACUUUGAAUGUGUCCCCCAAGUGCAGUCGCACAAAACAUCAAGCACUACGACAAAACUGUCUCACAUGAGGCCCGCCCCAGGAAAGGAAGAGCAAGAGUCCCCUCUGCUGCUGAGGAUACAUUUAUCACCAGAAUCACAAGGAAUGGACAUCUGACCAGUGGACAUCUGUGCUUUGGUCUGAUGAGUCCAAAUUUGAGAACUUUGGUAGUAAUCAAAUCAAAGAGUGGCUACUUCGAAGAAUCUAAAAUAUAAAACAAAAUUUGAUCAUCAUUAAUGAAACUUUGAAAUAUCUGGCUUUUCCGUCAGAGCAGAUGAAAUACAUAUUUUGCAUUAAAUUGAAUCAUUUGGCCUCCAGAAGGGCUCACCCUGAGUCCAUUGUCUUACUUCAUUGUGAAGUUAUGAUAAAUAGCCUGAUAAAUAGCCUGAUAACAUAGCGAGUACUGAGGAUGAGUUUAUGGUGAUUUAAAAUGUGCCUCAAGGAUGAGAAGUGCAGAAUAUUGUGCUACACUCUGCUCCCAACUUCACUGAUGCCCUGCACCUCCCCCAUACCCCAAUAGCUGCUGCAGUGGGGGAGGGGCAGGCCAGUAUUUUCAGCACUUUGGCUGUUCUGAAGGCAAAAGAGAGUCCAAACCAGGACUAGCAAGGUGUGCCUAAUGCAGUGACCGUUUAGAGUGUGUGUAAAAAAUCAAAAGAAAUAUAUAUAUAUUUAAAAUAGAUAUGGUAAUGGUUCUUAGUUCUUUUUGACUACUGAUAAGCAUUAAGUCAAUUUAGACUGUAAGGCUAAAUGUUACUUUAGAUUAAUUUUAUUAUGCUGUUUCAUUAUGUGUUUAAACUGUAGUAAAAGCAAUGUCAGGCUUCCUUUAUUUUAUAUAAUGUACAAUGUAAAUCAGGUUUCAGAGUGAGAGCUGAGAAGUAGAGAAUACUUUGGCUCUCUGCAAUUCCUCUUUAAGAUAUCAUGACCCAUCAGUGACCCGCCCCUCCCCCCGCGCACCUGCACUGCGCUCUCAAACUUUUGCAGGGCAUUGCUUGCAUCUCAAUCAUUCAGUCAACGGACGGAGAAGCUGCAUAAUUAAACUGGUGAUUGCAAGAUUUAAAUCAAAGUUUCGGCAGGUUGAAAAAGCCAUGGCAGCAAGCCAAACACAGGAGGAGAGUGAUUGCUCUGAGCUGGAUUUCUCCAUUUGUUCAGGCUCUGAAUACGUGCCAAGUCAAAUUUCAGACUUAAGUGAUGAGGACAACCACAGUCUACAAAGUGUAAUUUCCCCAGCUCCCAGCCCUCCAGCUAGUCAAAGAGACCCAGGCAGACUGAAGGAACAAGACACAGAGGUGGAUGAAAACAAUAAUGUGGUCUUCGCAAGCAGUGAUGAUGGCUGUUCUGAUAGUGGUGUCACAGGUGAAAGUCCCAUAGCAGCUACUCAGAGUGAUCCUCAGGGAAAUGAGGAGGAGGAGAAAGGAGGAGGCAGUGAGAUGGAUGAAGGUCAGAUUUUCCAGAUUUAUUCAAUAGAAAGGAAAAAAAUCAGUGAAUUAGGACGAUGUGGCACAUUAAUUUAUUUAUUUUUUUAUUUUUUUAAAGACGAUAGUUCUCAGCAUUUCGCAGAUGUAAAUGAAGAGACCAAAGAAGUAACACUCGCCGUGAGGAAAAGGGGAAAAACCAAAGUGGCCAAAGCAAAGGAGAUCCCCCGUGCGAAGGUCAAGAAGCCAUGGAGUGAAGCAGAGAAGACGGCAGUGCAAAGACGGCUGGGAAAAUUUGUCGCAGAGCGUAAAGUUCCAAAAAAAGAACACUGCAUGAAAUGCUUAGAAGCGGAAAAAGACCUAGCUAAUCGCUCAUGGAAAGAUGUUAAAAACUUUGUGUACAACACGAUUGUCACUCUGAAUCGAAGGUCUGCUUGUAAAAAACUCUUCUAAAAUAAGUUUACCUUGAUAAUGUUAAGACAUUAUUUAAGAUUUAAUUUUGUCUUCUCAUGCUUGGUUUGUGACUGACUUGACGGCUUUGGUAGCAACUGCGAGUCUGAUUGUAAUUUGAUUGGCUUUAUGUUUUGGAGUGGUGAACUGUGAGGGCGAUGAAAAUACCUUUACCUGGUGUCUUUUGAGGUAACCCGUUUUGGAUUUUAAGUUCUAGGUUUUUGCCCAGGAUGUUUUUGGUUCAUUUAUUUUAUAAUCUGUUAAAGUACAUUAGGCAUCUAAGUUGUUCACCUUCUUAAUGGCUUAAUGGUUAGAACACAUCCUAAAGUGUCCACCUUUGCUCAGUGCUGAUGUUCAUUGGCGAAAAGUUUAAUUUUGGUUUUAAUUAUGUAGGAAGCAGGAAGGUCAUACUGGUACAGUUGUAGCCAUCCUAAGCUUUACUGAUUUUUCUUUUUGGCAAAAGUCAAAACAAACUGAUCAAAGUUAUUGAUCACUAUUUUAGUUGUAAGUCAUUAGACUUAAUAGUUGUCUUCAUUGUUAUAAUAGCAAUUAUUAUUCCUCUGGAAGGAUGUUACAUUGUGAAAUAAACUGAAUUUGCUCUUGUUGCAGCAUUGUGGGA